AAAUUUUUCAAAUACCAAGAAUGCCCCCGCACACACUGCCACCAACUCCCACUCUUCUUUCUUCACUCACACCUACACAUUUUCUUGUUCUCUCGACGGAGCCUCCAACUUUCUAUUCUCUCUCCACUUUCUCUUGCUUGAUCUGGGAGCGAGGACGAAGAUGCAGGGAUCGGCCGUUGCAUUCUCGCCGUCCCUUUCUCUCUCUACCCGCCCUCGAAAGCUCCCUUUUCGCGGGUUCCACCCCCUUUCCGGCCCGUCCUCGGCGCGCCGCCACCUUAGCAAUGGCUCCGCCGUUUCAUCGUCGGCUGGAAAGUUGAGCCCGAUUAGCUUCUCCCUGAAGCAGAGAGGGUGGGUUUCCGGGCCCAAUCCCGGAAUUCCGGAGCCCGAAUCUGACCGGGUCGUGGUGCCUCGGGCCACGGCGGAGACCGCGGGCCCGGAUGAGACCUCGAAGUCGAAGGAUUUGAGGGAUACGUUGGUUCUCGGGACGCUUUUCGGGCUUUGGUACCUGUUUAAUAUCUACUUCAACAUCUACAACAAGCAGGUUCUGAGAGCUUUUCACUACCCAAUGACAGUCACUCUUGUCCAAUUUGCCGUCGGUAGUGUGCUCGUGACUCUAAUGUGGACAUUAAACCUCUACAAACGUCCUAAAAUCAGUGGAGCACAGCUUGUUGCUAUUCUUCCAUUGGCAUUGGUGCAUACCUUAGGCAACCUCUUCACAAACAUGAGUCUUGGAAAAGUUGCUGUUUCGUUCACUCACACAAUUAAAGCUAUGGAGCCUUUCUUCUCAGUUGUUCUAUCUGCUAUGUUUCUCGGGGAGGAGUCCCUGGACAACAUUACCCUCUUCUCAAUAAUUACUAUCAUGUCCUUCUUCUUGAUGGCUCCUACUGCCAUUUUCAUGGAAGGCAUCAAGUUUACACCUUCAUAUCUUCAAGCUGCUGGAGUGAAUGUUAACCAGCUGUACACUAGAUCACUUCUAGCUGCCCUCUGUUUCCAUGCAUAUCAGCAGGUUUCUUACAUGAUAUUGCAGCGUGUGUCCCCUGUUACUCAUUCUGUAGGCAACUGUGUUAAGCGAGUUGUAGUAAUCGUCACCUCUGUUCUCUUCUUCCGCACGCCUGUUUCGCCUAUUAACUCUUUAGGUACUGGUAUAGCCCUUACUGGAGUCUUCUUGUACUCGAGAGUGAAGCGGAUCAAACCAAAGCCUAAGACUGCUUAAGAGUUUUUGAUUCAGAAGACAUUUUUUUUUUUUUUUGUUGACGAUUAUCAUUCCUUAUUCUGUUAGACUAGUAAGCAAUUGUGAGCGUCUUGUAUGCUUUUAGUCUAGGGUGAUAUUUUUCUUGGUUUUUGUUACCUCUGUACUGUGUAGUAUGUCCAUUUUUUCUUCUUCUUCUUCUUCUAUGGAAUAUAUUCAGAUAUUAUAGUAGGAAUAUAUUCAGAUUUUUUAGUUGCAAAUGUUACGGUCUUAUUGUGCACGUUAUCUUUUCACUUGUGCUUAUGCUUGAUAGGCCAUUGUUAAACUCUCAUUGAGAAAAACUUGUGUAGAUUAUA